AUGGAAGUCUCUAACAAAGCCGCCUACCUCAUCAGCCCCAAUGGGCCUGCCAUCGAAGUUAGAGAAGCACCUAUGCCAGUACCAGGUCCAGGUGAAAUCCUCGUUAAAACAGAAGCGGUGGCUAUCAACCCAGUCGAUGCAGUCAAACAGUCCAUGGGGAACAUGAUGUUCGAAUGGCUCACAUAUCCUCUUAUCCUCGGUUAUGAUGUCGCUGGCCAAGUCGUGAAGACAGGUCAGGGAGUGACGCGUGUUAAGGAGGGGGACAGAGUUGUGGGUGUUACAGCGGGAAUGGAUAAGCGAGGUAGACAGCCUGACGAAGGAGCUUUUCAGGAUUUUGUGAUCUUACGAGAGCACUUAGCUGUUCAUAUUCCUCAGGGGAUGACAUACACCGAUGCAAGUGUUUUGCCCCUUACGUCAGUCACAGCUGCAUGUGCACUCUUUCAGAAAGACCAACUGGCACUUCAACUUCCUGAGAUCAAGGCAGAGAAUAGUCCAACCGGCCAGACAGUUCUGAUCUGGGGAGCAAGCACAGGCGUGGGCAAGAAUGCUGUGCAACUUGCUGUAGCGGCCGGUUAUAAUGUGAUCGCCACUGCGUCGCCCGAGAACUGGGAUCGAAUACACGAUCUUGGUGCCUCCGCAGUCUUUGACUACCGCAGCCCAUCAGCUACAGCAGAUAUAUUAUCUGCCUUCCAGGACAAGAAAUGUGCAGGUGCUGUCGCCAUUGGCCAGGGGUCGUUGGCGAAGUGCAUCGACGUUGUCACCAAAAUUCCUGGGGCUGUGAAAAACAUUUCACAAGUCACGAUCGACAUGCCAAAGUCGCAACCGACAAGCAAGCUCUCAAUGAUACCGUUUGUUGCCAAGUACGUUUGGCUGACUGGAACAAACCGCUUUAAGGUCUUGAGCAGUGGGGUUCAAAGCAAGUUUGUGUUUGGGACGGACAUCAUCGAGUGGGAUACUGAAGGAAAGCUAGCUUCGUACUUGACUGAAGCUUUCAAGCUUGGAGAGUACAAAUUAACUUCAGAAGCCGAUGUAAUGGAAGGCGGGCUAGACUGUGUCGCUGAAAGGCUGGAAAAGGUGCGGGCAGGGACAGGUGGCAAAAAGGUAGUUAUCGCAUUUUAG